AUGAAUCUCAGACACUUAACAAAAUGUUUGAAAAAGAAAAGAAAGAACUUUAAAUUUAUAGUGUGUGCGUUAGUGUUGUGGUGUGUGUACGACUAUUUAGGUGUUGGUGACUACUUGCAGGCAUCCAGCUUCGACAACGACUUCCACUACCCUCUUGAUGUCAAUGUUAGAGAACUAGUGAAUGAUGUGUUAACAAACCAGAAACUUUCGGUAUCUAGUAUCAACUACUACCCUUACAGUUUCCUUAGCAACUCCGGGAAAUGUUCCAAUAUCGAGAAAAUAGACUUAAUGAUCGUGGUCAAAUCGGCGAUGGAUCACUUCGGCCAUAGAGACACUAUCAGAAAUACAUACGGCCAAGAAGAUAUACCAGGACGAACCGUUAAGAUCCUAUUCUUCUUAGGAGUUGACGGAAAGUCAAAGUCCGAGGUGCAGCGACAAAUAGACAAGGAGAUGUCGGAGCACCGUGACAUCAUCCAGAUGGACUUCAUCGACUACUACUACAACAACACCAUCAAGACAAUGAUGUCGUUCCGCUGGGUGUACGAGCACUGCUCGCACGCCGACUACUACCUGUUCACCGACGACGACAUGUACAUCUCCGUGAACAACCUGCUGGGCUACCUCCACGACCGGGAAGCGACGCGGUUGGCCGCCACCAGCUCGCCAGAUGCGGAUGGCCAGCUGCAGAGCGACCUGUUAUUCACCGGUUACGUGUUCCGCUCGGCUCCGCAGCGGUUUCGAUUCAGCAAGUGGCGCGUGUCACUCGAGGAGUACCGCUGGGACCGAUGGCCGGACUACGUGACGGCUGGAGCCUACGUGGUAUCCAACAAGGCCAUGCGUGUCAUGUACAUUGGCAGUCUGUUUGUAAAGCACUUCCGUUUCGACGACAUCUACUUGGGCAUAGUGGCGAAGAAGGUGGGCAUCACGCCAGAGCAUUGCCCGCACUUCUACUUCUACAAGAAGGAGUUCUCUCGCGACGCCUACGAAAACGUGAUAGCGUCACAUGGUUACCAUGAUCAUGAUGAACUCAUCAGGGUCUGGUACGAGAUGAAUAGCAAGUGA